UUAGAUAUUUGAAUUUGAGGGAUAACAACAAUUACAGAAAUACGCGUUCAACAACUAGAAGUUUCUACCAAUUGAGCUGUAUUAGCGGGUUCUAUAAGGACAUCAACGAUAUACCAAUAUAAUAUUCAUUUCCGCUUUGUCCAGUACCCCCACUGUGUGUGCUCAUACUAGACUGAGAUUGAAAGUGUACAGAGAAUAGCAAAUUUGUUGUGUUGUUUAUUUUUUUUUGGGGUUCCAUUUUUGCUUAAUAAGUUAGCAAGUACGACGACUGGUCCAAGCCAAUAAGAGAAAGCAAACUUGCAGCACUAUAUAUAUUUCUGCUAGAGACGUUGUGCGCCAGAUAGAGAAUUAAAGGACAAGAGAAAGAACCCACAUAUCCAAUAUGCCUGACGUGAACGAAUAUGUCCUUGACCGGGUUACGGAGAAUAUUUCAUCGGUAACCUCUGCUAUGGUGGUUAGAGAAUACAAACAAAUCGGAGAAGGUGCAUUUGGUACGGUAGUUGAGGCUGUCCUCCGUCCAUACGAUGGGCCCACUGACCAGUGGCUUGGUCCAUUUGCCAUCAAAAGGGUCCCGGCACAAACGGAAUACAAGAGUAGAGAAUUAGAGUUACUUCGUGUGGUUAACCAUCCAAACAUCGUUUCAUUACGAUAUUUCUUUGACAAACCUUCCUCGCUGGACGGUAGGGUAUAUCAAAAUUUGGUGAUGGAAUGUUUACCGUCCAAUCUUCAAAGUGAAAUCAAAUACUAUAAACAAUCUAAAUAUACCAUUCCAUACCCACAUAUGAAGGCAUAUACUUUCCAAUUGGCUCGUGCUAUGUUAUAUUUGCAUGGGUUUGGAAUCCUGCACCGUGAUAUUAAACCGUCAAACAUUUUGGUUGACCCAAGCACAGUAACUCUUAAAAUAUGUGAUUUUGGAUCUGCCAAGAAAUUGGAACCAAAUCAACCUUCAGUAUCGUACAUUUGUUCACGAUACUAUCGAGCACCAGAAUUGAUUGUUGGAUGUUCCAUAUACACCACCAAGAUUGAUGUAUGGGGAUUGGGAUGUGUAGUUGCAGAAAUGUUCCUUGGUAAACCAAUUUUCCAAGGUCAAUCACCGGAAUUACAAUUGAAAGAAAUUAGUAAAUUACUUGGACCUCCACCAAAGACAUUCUUCUUUAAAAGUAACCCUCAUUAUCGCGGAGAAAUGUUUUCAAAUAAACUCUUUUCAUGCACAGUAGAGGAAAGAUUUGAACAAAUCUUCAGUAAUUCUCCACCAGAUGCAAUUGAUUUACUUUUAAAGAUCUUGGUUUAUGACCCAGCCCAAAGAGCUAGUCCAAGAAGAAUAUUGGUACAUCCAUUCUUCCACGAAUUGAAACGUGAAAAAUUCCAAGUAUAUCCAAGAGGAGCAACUGAACCAGUUACAUUAAAUUUAUUCAAUUUUAGUAAUUAUGAACUUGAACUUCUUGGAUCGUUGAAGGAUGAACUUUUGAUGACCAAUUGAGGAAAUUUGAUUGAGAUAUGGUGAUGUGAUUGGGUUUACUUCUAGAUUACUUUCCGGUGCUUGUUGCAUAAUUUUGAAUGAGCAAGAGGUGUUUAAUUAGAGAUUGGCUGUUUGAUUGCGAGAGAGAGAAUUUCAGAUACAGAGUAGAGAGACUGAAAGUAAAGGAGUAAAGUUGGCGAGAAUGAUUAUAUUAGUUAAUAAGUUGAGAUUGAUGAAGG